UUAUUCUCUUUCUCCGAUCGUCAAGUGUUUGUAGUGGUGAAAAACCAAGCAAAGCUCUCCAAUCCCCACCCCUCCCCCCCUCCCCAAUGCCCAGAUUCUUCACUCUCUCUCUCUCUCACUACUCCUUGAUUUUUCAACACCUAUCCAAACUUUUUAACCGCAAAUCUCAACAUCCAGAUCCCUAACACCGCCAUAACAUUGGAGGAAGGACCAUAAUGAAGAGAGACCAUCACCAUCUCCAUCUCCAUCCCCAUACCCAUCCCCAUCCCCAUCCCCAACCCGACCCUUCAUCCUCUUCUUGUCUCGCCGGAAAGUCCACCAUGUGGGGAUCCGGAGAUGAGCCGCCGGACGAUGGCGGCAUGGAUGAGUUGCUCGCUGUGCUUGGCUACAAGGUCAGAACUUCGGACAUGGCAGAUGUCGCCCAAAAGCUCGAACAGCUGGAGGAGAUGAUGGGUAGUGUUCAGGUCGACGGCCUCUCUCAUCUCGCAACCGACACCGUUCAUUACAAUCCGUCAGAGUUGUCUAGUUUCCUCGAGAGUAUGUUAACGGAGCUUAACCCUCCUUCUACUUCCGCUUUGGAUCCCAUGUUGUCUGUUCCAUCCAUUGACGAUUCGUUCCUUGCUCCUGCUGAGUCGUCUACUAUCACCUCCAUCGAUUUUGGGGCUCCACCGUGUAAUCCGUCCCGGGUUUUCGAUGAGUCCUCUUCUUCCGAUUACGAUCUCAAAGUAAUUCCGGGUAAGGCUCUCUGUUCUCAAACGCAGGCCCAUUUGGAUUCCUUAUCGUCCAAUCAAGGUAGCAGCAAUAAGCGCUUGAAACCCUCGUCAGCCGCCCCAACCUCAGAAGCAUUUUCGUCCUCGUCGAUGCCAUCUUUUGGGAUUCCCGCCACUGCUGAAUCAACUCGCCCGGUUGUCCUGGUGGAUUCGCAAGAGAACGGGAUUCGUCUCGUGCACGCGUUGAUGGCCUGCGCCGAAGCCGUUCAGCGUAACAACCUCAAUCUAGCGGAGGCGCUAGUGAAGCAGAUCGGUUUCCUGGCUAUUUCUCAAGCUGGGGCUAUGAGGAAGGUGGCCACUUACUUCGCGGAGGCUCUCGCUCGCCGGAUUUACAGGCUGUACCCGCAAAACCCACUUGACCAUUCUCUCUCCGAUAUUCUUCAGAUGCACUUCUACGAGACCUGCCCUUACCUCAAGUUCGCUCACUUCACUGCUAACCAAGCGAUUCUCGAGGCUUUUGAGGGCAAGAAGCGUGUGCACGUGAUUGAUUUCUCGAUGAAUCAGGGCAUGCAGUGGCCGGCUUUGAUGCAAGCUCUCGCCCUUCGACCCGGUGGUCCACCCGCUUUCCGCCUCACUGGCAUCGGGCCACCCACCCAAGAUAACUCUGACCAUCUUCAGGAAGUCGGCUGGAAGUUGGCUCAGUUGGCGGAGACGAUUCACGUUCAGUUUGAGUACAGAGGAUUUGUGGCAAAUAGCUUGGCGGAUUUGGAUGCAUCGAUGCUUGAACUAAGGCCGGGUGAGGAGUCGGUGGCCGUCAACUCAGUGUUCGAGUUGCACAAACUCUUGGCUCGACCUGGGGCGAUUGAGAAGGUUUUAUCGGUGGUGAAGCAAAUGAAACCGGAGAUUGUUACCAUCGUCGAGCAAGAGGCGAGCCACAACGGGCCGGUUUUCUUGGACCGGUUCACCGAGUCUUUGCACUACUACUCGACUCUGUUCGACUCGUUGGAAGGAUCGGUGAGCAACCAAGACAAGGUGAUGUCGGAGGUGUACUUGGGGAAGCAGAUUUGCAACGUGGUGGCAUGCGAAGGCGUUGACAGAACCGAGCGGCACGAGACACUAGCUCAGUGGCGGAGCCGCCUGGGAUCGGCCGGGUUCGCGCCCGUGCACCUAGGGUCAAACGCGUUCAAGCAAGCAAGCAUGUUGUUGGCUCUGUUCGCGGGAGGCGAUGGAUACAGAGUGGAAGAGAACAAUGGGUGUCUGAUGCUGGGGUGGCACACGCGUCCACUGAUCGCCACCUCGGCUUGGAAACUGGGGGGGAAACCCGUCGUGGGUAACUGAGUUGACUCGGGAGUGAGUUGAAUUGAUUCGGUUGGUGCCCUACCAAACCCUAGUGGGGGGUUGGCUGUCAAUGUGCUCGUCUGAGCUGGGUGGCUGGGUGAGGCUGAGACCCACCACUCCCAAGCCUGUCUCUACCAAUUUUCUUUUCUUUUUCUAAUUUAUUAUUAUUAUUAUUAUUUUUUUAAAAAAAUUUCUGAUGUAGCUUUUCUUAUUUAGGAAUUUUUCUCGGAUCUUUUGGGCUCGGUUGGAAUCUUUUGUAAUUUUCGGGGUGAAUGAGAGAGAAAUAUCAAUGUGCAUUUUAUA